CCCCCCCUACUAUCAAACGUCAUUCUCAUGACCAACUCCCACGAGCCACGAGCCCAUGAGCCCUUGAACCUUUUCUCUCUUUUCGUCUAAUAUCUCUUCUUCUGCAUCUGCUAUCUGUAACUCUGCCUACGUUGUGCAAACUUUCCCGCCCCGUCCUCCUCCUUUUCCCUCCUCGUUCUCCUCCGCUUUCUUGCCUCCUCCAACCCUCACCACCAGCCUUGUUGUCAGUUUCUGAGAUUUGCCCAGCAUGGGUAUCACAAGACGACACAAGGAUAAGGCGGCGAGGAACGCGCAGGCCGGCGCAGCAUCGGGCCAAGGCGGUGCCGCAGCGAGACCGAAAAAGGCCACCUACGAAGUCUCCAAGAAGAGAGAGAUUGGCGUGUCCGACCUCACGCUGCUCAGCAAGGUGUCCAACGAGGGCAUCAACGACAACCUCAAGAAGCGAUUCGAAGCCCGCGAAAUCUACACAUACAUCGGCCAUGUGCUGGUCUCCGUCAACCCCUUCCGGGACCUCGGCAUCUACACCGACCAGGUCCUGGAGAGCUACAAGGGCAAGAACCGCCUCGAGAUGCCGCCCCACGUCUUCGCCAUCGCCGAAUCCGCCUACUACAACAUGAAGGCCUACGCCGACAACCAGUGCGUCAUCAUCUCGGGCGAGUCGGGCGCCGGCAAGACCGAGGCCGCCAAGCGCAUCAUGCAGUACAUCGCAAGUGUGUCCGGCGGCCCCGGCGGCGGCGGCGGCGACAUCCAGAAGAUCAAGGACAUGGUGCUGGCCACCAACCCGCUGCUCGAGUCCUUCGGCAACGCCAAGACCCUGCGCAACAACAACUCGUCCCGCUUCGGCAAGUACCUCCAGAUCCACUUCAACGCCCAGGGCGAGCCCGUCGGCGCCGACAUCAUCAACUACCUGCUCGAGAAGUCCCGCGUCGUCGGCCAGAUCACCGACGAGCGCAACUUCCACAUCUUCUACCAGUUCGCCAAGGGCGCCUCCCCGGCCUACCGCCAGCAGUACGGCGUCCAGGGCCCCGACGCCUACGUCUACACCAGCCGCUCCCGCUGCCUCGACGUCGACGGCAUCGACGACCUCGCCGACUUCCAGGACAACCUCGACGCCAUGCGGGUCAUCGGCCUCAGCCAGGCCGAGCAGGACGAGAUCUUCCGCAUGCUGGCCGCCGUCCUGUGGACCGGCAACAUCCAGUUCCAGGAGGACCAGACAGGCUACGCCGCCGUCGUCGACCAGUCCGUCGUCGACUUCCUCGCCUACCUGCUCGAGGUGACCCCCGAGCAGCUGGUCAAGGCCAUCACCGUCCGCAUCCUGACCCCCCGCAGCGGCGAGGUCAUCGAGUCCCCCGCCAACCCGGCCCAGGCCGCCGCCACCCGGGACGCCCUGGCCAAGGCCCUCUACAGCAACCUCUUCGACUGGAUCGUCGCCCGCAUCAACAAGUCCCUCAAGGCCAAGCAGGCCACCAAGAACUCCAUCGGCAUCCUCGACAUUUACGGCUUCGAGAUCUUCGAGAAGAACAGCUUCGAGCAGCUCUGCAUCAACUACGUCAACGAGAAGCUGCAGCAAAUCUUCAUCCAGCUGACCCUCAAGACCGAGCAGGACGAGUACGCCCGCGAGCAGAUCCAGUGGACGCCCAUCAAGUACUUCGACAACAAGGUCGUCUGCGACCUCAUCGAGUCCGUCCGCCCGCCCGGCGUCUUCUCCGCCAUGAAGGACGCCACCAAGACCGCCCACGCCGACCCCGCCGCCUGCGACCGCACCUUCAUGCAGAGCAUCAACGGCAUGUCGAACCCGCACCUGACCCCGCGCCAGGGCAGCUUCAUCAUCAAGCACUACGCCGGCGACGUGAGCUACACCGUCGACGGCAUCACCGACAAGAACAAGGACCAGCUCCUCAAGGGCCUGCUCGGCCUGUUCAAGGCCAGCAGCAACCGCUUCGUGCACGACCUGUUCCCCCACCAGAUCGACCAGGACAACCGGAAGCAGCCGCCCUCGGCCGGCGACCGCAUCCGCACCUCGGCCAACGCCCUCGUCGAGACCCUGAUGAAGUGCCAGCCCUCGUACAUCCGUACCAUCAAGCCCAACGAGAACAAGUCGCCGACCGAGUACAACGUCCCGAACGUCCUGCACCAGAUCAAAUACCUCGGCCUGCAGGAGAACGUGCGCAUCCGCCGCGCCGGCUUCGCCUACCGCCAGUCGUUCGAAAAGUUCGUCGACCGCUUCUUCCUCCUGUCGCCGGCCACGUCCUACGCCGGCGAGUACAUCUGGCAGGGGUCGUACGAGGGCGCCGUCAAGCAGAUCCUCAAGGACACGAGCAUACCCAAGGAGGAGUGGCAGAUGGGCACCACAAAGGCCUUCAUCAAGUCCCCCGAGACCCUGUUCGCCCUCGAGCACAUGCGCGACCGGUACUGGCACAACAUGGCCACCCGCAUUCAGCGAAUGUGGCGGGCCUACCUGGCCUACCGCGCCGAGUCGGCCACCCGCAUCCAGCGUUUCUGGCGCAAGAAGAGGACCGGGGCCGAGUACCUGCAGCUGCGCGACCAGGGCCACCAAGUCCUCGGAGGCCGGAAGGAGAGGCGGCGGAUGAGCCUGCUCGGAGCGAGGCGGUUCAUCGGCGACUACAUGGGCAUCAACGCGACGACGGGUCCCGGCGCCCAUAUACGCAACUCGAUCGGCCUCGCCCACAACGAGAGGGCCGUCUUCUCGUGCCGUGGCGAGAUCCUGGAGGCCAAGUUCGGUCGGUCGAGCAAGCCCAGCCCGCGCACCAUCAUCGUCACGAACAGCAAGUUCUACAUCGUGGCGCAGAUGCUCGUGGGGGGCGACAACGUGCAGAUCGCCGUAGAGCGGGCCAUCCCGCUGGGCGCCAUCAAAGCCAUCGCCGCGUCGUCAAGUCGGGACGACUGGUUCUCGCUGCUCGUGGGGUCUCCUCAGGAGGCGGACCCCCUGAUGAACUGCGUGCUCAAGACCGAGAUGUUCACGCAGAUGCAGAGGGUCAUGCCCGGCGGCUUCCACCUCCAGAUCGCCGACGUGAUCCAGUACGCCAAGAAGCCCGGCAAGAUGCAGCCGGUCAAAGUGCUCAAGGACUCGCAGCAAGCGGCCGAUUAUUACAAGAGCGGCGCCAUCCACACCCGGCCCGGCGAGCCGCCCAACUCCCGGUCAAGGCCGACGCCCAAGGGCAAGCCGGUGCCGCCACGACCGAUUACCCGCGGGAAGCUCAUCAAGCCGGGCGGUCCCAACGGCAGACCUUCUCGGAUCCAACAGAACCGGAAACCGCAGCCCCGUCCCGUGCCAUCGACUCCCCAGCCGGCGGCUGUUCCGCAAGCUGUCAACGCCGCUGCUGCCGCUGCUACCGCUGCUACUACGACUACUGCCAUCCCGUCGCACACGCGCAAUUCGUCGACCACCUCCACGAGCGCGGCAGCCCGCCCGCCUCCUCCCGCGCCCCCUGCUCCUCCGGCCAAGGCCAAGAUGAGGGCGAAGGUGCUCUACGACUUUGACGGACAGAGGGAGAAUGAGCUGUCCGUCAAGGCUGGUGAAGUGAUUGAGAUUGUGCAGAAGGAGAACAACGGCUGGUGGUUGGGCAAGAACGCUUCAGGCCAAGCCUGGGUACCGGCGGCGUACGUCGAGGAGGUGGCGGCCGAGCCAACACCGGUGCAACGGGCGCCGCCGCCCCAACCCCCCAGACGACCGGCGGCGGGGCGGAAACCCGUCGGACUGCAGGCGCAGGCGGCGCGGGACUCGGUGAUCAGCAACGGGGCGAGCGGGUCGGAUAACAGCCGCAGCACCACGCCGACGCCCAGCCUUGGUAACAGCUUGGCUGACGCGCUGCUGGCUCGGAAGAACGCGAUGCAGAAGAGGGAGGAGGAAGACGACUGGUAGGACGAGGGCGUUUGACGGAUAGAUGGCGGAAUAGAUGGCAGAGUAUAUGGCAGUUAAAGAUACAGGAACGGUGCGAGAAAAGG